GCCAAAUAACACCACACGCGUCACAAACGAUAAAUACAAACGCCUGACGAUUAUGAUAGCCAUUCACACUACCCUUUCGACGCUCACUCGACCAACUCCACCCCACCACAUCAUCAUCAAUGGCACCUAAACCAGUCUCCACUGCCUCCAAGGCCCCUGCUUCCACUGCUGCCUCAAAGGCACCUGCAAAGACCACCGACAAGGCCAAGAAGGCUACCAAGACUUCUGCCGCUGCUGCGGGCGCUGAUGGUGAAAAGAAGAAGCGUCGCAAAGUCCGCAAGGAGACCUACUCUAGCUACAUCUACAAAGUCUUGAGGCAGGUGCACCCUGAUACCGGUAUCUCCAACAAGGCCAUGGCCAUUCUGAACUCGUUUGUCAACGACAUCUUCGAGCGUAUUGCAACUGAAGCAUCCAAACUCGCUGCCUACUCCAAAAAGUCGACAAUAUCUUCUCGGGAGAUUCAAACAUCUGUGCGACUGAUUCUACCUGGUGAACUUGCCAAGCAUGCUAUCUCGGAAGGCACCAAGAGUGUCACCAAGUUCUCGAGCUCAUCGGCGAAGUAGGCUUAUCCUUGAUUGUUCUACUACUGUUGUCUCGUUGGACGGCGUUCGCUGUUGUAUUUUAGGUGUAUCAUUUACAUUAUUUUAAUCUACUGUCUUAAAAACGGG